AAUGGGGAAAAAGUUUAAUGAGCAAUUUCGAAAGUGUUGGCGUUAUACCACUGACUUUUGGGAGACAUUGACCAGGUUUCUAUGGAGACUGGCAGAAAUACAUGUAUUCAAAGUUGUAGCCUUUGUUAUCAUCAUGGCGACAACACAUGAGGUAUCAGCUGUUAGUGCUGUGUAUGUGAUUUUAUUAAGCAUAUUCCUGCCACUGACAGGCUGUCAGUUUCUGCUGUCACAUCUAGCUCAGUUCUGGACAGCUCUUGUACUACUAGCUAAGAUGAUCUACCAACUUGGACUGGUGGAUAACAGUAGAUGGCUGUCUAACUGUACUGCUGGUAAUAUGUCAAAUGAGGCACCAUUUAAAGGAGAGAUAGAUAAUGCUCACUGGGCUGGCAUGAUGAAAACAUCAGAUGUUUCAUACUAUCUUAGGAACUACAUUGGUAUAUUAUUGAUCCUGGUGUUUGAACGUAUAGUGGUAUAUCAUCAGUGUCAGUACUACCGUCAUCCAGACGUCCAGAAACCCAAGACGGGCAUCAUCUUCUCUGAUAUCACAAGGCAUGAAGCAGAUAAAGGCAUUGUGGAGUGUCUAAAAUAUUUUCUCAACUAUUUCUUCUAUAAAUUUGGCUUGGAGGUAUGUUACAUAAUGACAGCAGUGGCAAUAAGUGUACGAGUGGAUGCCAUGUCUGUUCUGUAUGCCCUCUUACUUGGUAUCUUGUUACUGCUCAGCAGACGGGCAAAUGCUCGAUUGUGGCCGAUAUACACCAUAUUCCUUGUAAUACUACUUCCUGUACAGUUCCUCUCAGCACUCGGUCUACCUCUUGGCUUCUGUUAUAGAUAUCCGUGGGAUGGUCGAUUCUGGAUGUUAAAUGACAAUCAAGGGGAGGAGCUAGAGCUCUGGUUUUAUCUCCCGGACUAUCUUAAUCCUCCAAACUCAUACAAACUCAUUGCCGACUUCUUCCAGCUUCUCUUUGUAUGUCUGCAAUGGCGGGUAUUCAGGAAAGAAAUGAGCCAGAAAGAAGAUGAAAAAGAUGGUGGCAACAAUGAAGAUAUAACCCCGGAAGUGGAAGCUAAAAUGGAGAUUCCUGUUGACGAUUUCACCACCAAAAUAUCAGCGCAUGGACCAAUGUUACGGAGGUCAUAUCUGGACGUGAUAAAGAAUUUCGUUUUUGGUUACAUGUUCUGGGUGACUUUAGCGAUCGUGUUUAUUGCCGGCACUACCCGCAUUAACCUGUUUAGUAUGGGUUACGUUAUAGCUGUCUUCUGCUUUAUGUGGUUCGGCCAGGAGUUUCUCAUCAAACCUCUACGAAAACUUGUCAGGGC